AUGCACAAACAUCAUCACUGCUGUAAGUGCCCAGAAUGCUACGAAGUGACCCGCAUGGCUGCCCUGCGAAGGAUGGACGCCCCAGCGUAUGGAGACUGGCAGCCCGACCCGUACGGAUACCCGGCCGGCUACGGGGGCGGACAGACCCUACCACCGCCGGCUUCGGGCGGAGGAGGGGGAAUGAGUGGCGGGGGUACUCUGGGGAGAAGUAAGGGCAAAAUGAUGUCAGCUGGGGGUCCGGGAGGACCAAACCCCAAGAGCCAAUCCAAGGGCGGCCCCAAGGUGAACGGCAACAAUUCGGGCGGACAGGGUGGAUGGUGGCCCGAGUGCACCUGUUCCAGCCGGGAGUGGUACGACCAGGCAAACCCUCCCCCCAUCAUUGUGAAUGCAGAUUCGCUGGAUGCAGGUCCUUAUGUCAAUGGAAGUGACGGCAUGUAUAAAUAUGAAGAAAUCAUUUUGGAGAGGGGUAACUCCGGCCUGGGCUUCAGUAUCGCCGGAGGGAUCGACAAUCCACACAUCCCUGACGACCCAGGAAUCUUUAUCACGAAGAUCAUCCCAGGAGGGGCGGCCGCGAUGGACGGCCGGCUAGGGGUGAAUGACUGUGUGUUGCGGGUGAAUGACGUGGACGUGUCAGAGGUGGUUCACAGCAGGGCGGUGGAGGCUCUGAAAGAGGCUGGGCCCGUGGUCAGGCUGCUAGUGCGCAGGAGACAAGCUCCUCCAGAGACCAUCAUAGAGGUCAACCUACUGAAAGGCCCUAAAGGCCUUGGCUUUAGCAUUGCUGGAGGUAUUGGCAACCAGCACAUUCCUGGGGACAACAGCAUCUACAUCACAAAGAUCAUUGAGGGAGGUGCCGCGCAGAAAGACGGACGGCUGCAGACAGGAGACCGCCUGCUGGCCGUGAACAACAUCAUCCUGCAGGACGUGCGUCACGAGGAGGCGGUGGCCGCGCUGAAGAACACCUCGGACAUGGUCUACCUCAAGGUCGCCAAACCAGGACCCGUACACCUCAAUGACAUGUACGCGCCUCCGGAUUAUUCCAGCAGUCUCGCCCUCCCUCCAGCCUUCCCCACCAUGGUGGACAACCAUGUCGGUCACAACUCCAGCAUGGCUUACAUGGGCGCCAUGGAGCCCAAACCCGUCUACCAGCCGCCCCAGGUCACGCCCUCCAGGUACUCCCCAGUCCCGCGUCACAUGCUGGGGGAGGAUGACUUCACCAGGCCCGAGCCCAUUUACAGUGUCAUCCACAAACCUCAUGGGGAUACCAGCCCUCCCUCCCCCCACCUGUGCAGCGGGGGGCCAGGGGAGGCGGGCUGCGGCCCCGCCCCACCUGCUCUGUGUCAAAGCCUGGUCCCGUACUCUGGCAGGGAGCCAAGGAAGGUCCUGCUGCACAAGGGAUCCACGGGGCUGGGCUUCAACAUCGUGGGCGGGGAGGACGGAGAGGGCAUCUUCGUCUCCUUCAUCUUGGCAGGCGGGCCGGCCGAUCUGAGCGGGGAGUUGAGGAGGGGAGACCGCAUCCUCUCGGUGAAUGGUGUGAACCUGCGGAAUGCCACCCACGAGCAGGCUGCAGCUGCACUGAAGAGGGCCGGGCAGACAGUCACCAUAAUAGCCCAGUAUAGACCAGAAGAGUACAGCCGCUUUGAGUCCAAGAUUCACGACCUGAGGGAGCAGAUGAUGAACAGCAGCAUGAGCUCUGGAUCCGGCUCCCUGCGAACCAGCGAAAAGCGCUCCCUCUACGUCAGGGCUCUGUUUGACUACGACCGCACCAGGGACAGCUGCCUGCCCAGCCAGGGCCUGAGCUUCUGCUACGGGGACAUCCUGCAUGUCAUCAACGCCUCCGAUGACGAGUGGUGGCAGGCACGACUCGUCACCCCCCACGGGGAAAGCGAGCAGAUUGGGGUCAUUCCCAGCAAGAAGAGGGUGGAGAAAAAGGAGCGUGCCCGGUUAAAAACUGUCAAGUUCCAUGCCAGGACGGGCAUGAUUGAGUCCAACAGGCCAGUCAAAGUGAAGCGCAAAAAAAGCUUCAACCUCUCGCGAAAGUUCCCGUUUUACAAGAGCAAGGAGAAUAUUGUGCAGGAGUAUGUGGAGACUGAACAGUGUUUGACGUCCAAUACCAGUGACAGUGAAAGCAGCUCCAAAGGGCAGGAGGACACGAUUCUUUCCUAUGAGCCAGUUAUUCGACAGGAGAUCCAUUAUACCCGGCCUGUGAUCAUCCUGGGUCCGAUGAAAGACAGGAUAAACGAUGACUUGAUCUCAGAGUUCCCUCACAAGUUUGGAUCCUGUGUUCCACACACGACUCGUCCGCGGCGAGAGAACGAGAUGGAUGGGCAGGACUAUCACUUCGUGGCGUCUCGCGAGCAGAUGGAGAAAGACAUUCAGGAUAACAAGUUCAUUGAGGCGGGCCAGUUCAACGAGAACCUGUACGGGACCAGCGUUCUUUCUGUCCGGACAGUGGCCGAAAGGGGGAAACACUGUAUCCUUGAUGUGUCUGGGAACGCCAUAAAGCGACUGCAGCAAGCACAACUCUACCCGAUUGCCAUUUUUAUCAAGCCAAAAUCUAUUGAAGCCCUCAUGGAAAUGAAUAAGAGGCAGACGUAUGAGCAAGCCAAUAAAAUCUUUGAUAAGGCGAUGAAGCUGGAACAAGAAUUUGGAGAGUAUUUCACAGCCAUAGUCCAGGGUGACUCACUAGAGGAGAUCUACAAUAAAAUCAAGCUGAUCAUCGAGGAGCAGUCGGGCCCUUACAUCUGGAUCCCGUCCUCGGAAAAGCUCUGAGCUCUCGGCUCCACCUCUCUGUGCGCGCGCGUGUGUGUGCACACGCACGCGAAGUUCCGACCCUUACCCCCCCCCCCCAACCCCUCACCCAAACAAGUCCUCUCUCCCCUCCCUUUUUACAGAUAUGUUUCAUAUCAAGUUUUAGUGUCAUCAUUAUGUUACUCUCAAAUGAAAAGAAGUCUUAUCACCAUUACUGUGACUGUGCACACCCCUGCAUGAGGUUUUUCAACAAAAUCCAUACAAGACUGGAAAUGCAGUUCCAAAAAUGAUUUUUUUUUUUUUUUUUUUGGUCAUGUAUAACAACAACAACAACAACAAAAAAAAAAAAAGGG